AUGUUAUAUGCUACGCUUCAUCUUUGGUGGCAGGAGCUUGAUGUUCGCCCCAACCGCAUUGCCGGUGUCAAGCCAUGGUUUUUCGUCUCAACGAAUCAUAGUCUUUUACCGCCCCAAAUAACAGCCGUUCUACCAGCUGUCCCUCUACUUGUCGUCACUAUUCUCAUCUUUAGAGAUGUUUUACUUCUAAUACGCCCCUCAAAUUGGCUCACAAGACUGGUUUAUAAGGCGAGAAAGACGCUUCAACGACCCUUCGACGACUUUCUUCAACUCGAGGACAUGAAGGAAUACGAUCCUGUCCACCCGAGUGUUAUAGUUUCUCCAACCUGGAGGAAAUGGGUCCUCGUUGUCCUCAGCUUGAUGGCUAUUGCGGAGCUGAGCGCCGAGGUCCUAGGCCAACUACUCUCGUUCGCCGACGUGGGUGUAGUCACAGAGAAAAUGAAACUCUAUGGUAAAAUUGUCUCAACGGCAUGCUGGGUAUACACAACUAUGAGAAUCUCUUUCCGGCCGCUCCGUGCAGCACCAGUUGGAAACAUCCUGUUCUAUGGCAUAGAGCUCAUCAAUCGUCUCGUCAACAUCUCAGACGGAGUGAUCCUACGUGUCCCCUUUCCACAGCUUCUCCCGUUACUUUACCAAGCCGCUAUCGCCUCUAUUGCAUUGUAUAUUUCGGGUACAAUUCCUCUCUCUCCAGUCUUGCCAUCCACCACGGUGUCGUCUCCAACUGAGCUUCCAAGCUCUCGCGUCUCCUCACCAGAGGACAGCGUUUCUUUCUGGAAUUGGGUUGUUUUCUCUUUUCCAUCAUUGUACUAUCCUAUCUCCAUGGUCCGACGUCUCGAGAUGUCCGAUGUUUGGAAGCUGAGUCCGCGUUUCUUGCACGCUAAUCUCUUCCAAAAGUAUCUCUCCUCCCAAUCUACUCGUCCUCGGUCACUCAUCUGGUUUCUCGUAUGUGCCAACUCGGCGGACAUCAUCCUGGACAUUACCCUGGAAAUGUACAAAGCCGUCGCAGGCUUUCUUCCUCCCUACGCGUUGAAGCAACUCUUGGGAAUCCUUUCAUCUACAGAGGAUGAUCCAAACGCUUGGGGAAGCAAAUAUGUUCAGGCACAUUUCUGGGCACUGGUCACGGAUGGUGCACCCGAAGGUGCUACGAAAGAACUCGAGGGAUCAUUUUCUGUACGCUUCACUACAAAGCCCUCAGACGGCGCGUUGUUGGAGGACGAGAAGACGGCGACCAUUGAACAGGAACGGAGCGCAGAUUUGGGCAAGGUUGUCAACUUGAUGCAGGGAGACGCAUAUGCGGUCGCUCAACGAUUUUGGGAGCUGUCUCCAUUGUUCGGCGCUCCCGUCCGCAUUGGCGUAGCUCUCUGGUUCCUAUACGACUUGCUUGGCCCGUCGGCAUUCGCCGGAGUAUUGGUUAUCCUUGGGGCAUAUCUCAUCAAUUGGCCACUCAUCAAAUGGAAUCUCUAUAUCACCCGCCACUCAUGGAGAAUUCCUCAAACUAAUGGGAUGGGAGGGAGGAUGGGUGCAAAGUCCCGUGAAGCAGAGCUGGCUUGGCGAGUUCAGGAGAAUAUAUGUAGCGCCAUACUUGCCUUUAUCUGGACAUGGAUCCCUUCUGCCACAGCGCUCGCAUCGUUCAUCGCGUACACUCUCAUAAGCAAAAGGCCGUUGACGGUAUCCGUGGCUUUUACUGCCCUUGGUGUCUUUGGACAACUUCAGAGUAGUAUGACGGCGCUUCCUGGACAUAUUUUUGCCAUGUUCCACGCAUACAUUUCCAUGCAACGAAUCGAUUCCUUCCUCUCCGAGAGUGAAGUUCCCGAUUGGGCAUCAUCCUUCAAACGCUCGACAACCCCCUUCUUCACUGAACAUUCCUCUGAAAGGAUUGGAUACGAACAGGCCACUCUGGAAUGGCAUCGUGCGGACGAUAACUUGACUUCUGGUGUUGGCUCACCAAUCGAGGUUACUCCAGACGAAGACAGACAUCUACACCUAGAUGAAGGGCAACCAAUCACCGCAUCAGAGAUUGACCACCCAGUUCCGACGAGUGAGCCUAUUAGAGGAUCAUCAUCAUCCGUGGUCACCACACCAACUUCAGUGCAAAGGUUCGCACUUCGAGAUUUGAACAUUCAACUCCCAGUCGGCAAGCUUACUCUUGUCACUGGUAUUACGGGGUCUGGGAAAACUGCAUUUCUAACCGGUCUGCUGGGAGAAAUGCAGCUCCUUCGAGGCAAGGUUCAUCUCGACAAAUCGAAUCAUAAGAUUGCGUACUGUGCACAGUCACCGUGGCUCGAGCAUGCGACUAUACGCGAAAACAUUGUAUACGGUUCGGUGAUGGGUUACGACGAAGGGAGGUACGAUGCUGUGGUCAUGGCAUGUGCUCUAGAGAAGGAUCUGGAGAUUUUGCCUGCCGGUGACAUGACAGAGAUUGGCGAGAAGGGCGUCUCACUUUCCGGUGGUCAAAGAGCUCGCAUUGCUCUAGCCCGUGCCAUAUAUUCUCCAGCCAGAACCAUAUUACUCGACGAUCCAUUGGCGGCGGUGGAUAUGCACACUGCACGACAUUUGACGCAACACUGUUUCGCCAGUUCACUCAUGCAGGGGCGUACCGUCAUCCUAGUGACACACCACGUCAGCCUAUGCAUUCCUCUGGCCGAUUAUCUCGUCGAGAUAUCUAGCGGUCGAAUUGUGAAGCAGGGCCGCGUUGAAGACCUACGGAAGAGCGGUGAACUUGAUGAAGUCCUUAGCCAGGAUACAAGUCAAGAGGCUGGUUCUGUUCUGGAACAAGCAUCAAACAACCUGAAUGAAGCCGAUGUCAUUCUUGAAUCGAGUGGAAGCGCGACACCGACCGCCAACGAAAGUCCGAAAAGCAAGCCCAAAUGGAGACUCUCGACAGCUGAGGCCGGGAAGCUGGUUGACGAAGAGGCACGCGCUGAGGGAAGAGUGUCCUGGAGGACAUACAAGACGUAUAUCAAAGCGGCUGGUUACUGGUCGUGGGCACUCACCUUUGCGUUGAUGCUCCUCAUCCGAGGUAUCAACAUCCUGAAUCAGUUCUAUCUCUCCAAAUGGGGAGAGGCCUACAAUCGUAGAGUAAACAACUCUUCCUUUUCACCCAUGUUGGUCCAAAAAUCACACACCUUUCAGCCUGUCAAAAUUUCCACGAUGCCCAUCAUCGAUGACCUCCCCCCACCAGACCAGAAUGUCCGACCAUGGCUCUUCAUCUACUUUUGCAUCUCCCUCGUUGGCGCAUUCACCGUCCUGGGAUACAUUUCGCUCGGCUAUUACGCUUCUCUCCAAGCCUCUCGUCUGCUCUUCCAGCGCAUGCUGACCCGACUGUCUCGAGCGCCAUCACGCUUUUUCGACGUCACACCCAUCGGGCGCAUCUUAAACCGUUUCGUCGCGGACAUUGGCGCUGUUGACGGUGCAGUUAACAAUUCAGCCCGUAGUGCACUCGGUGGUGCCCUCAGUUUUAUCUCAUCGUUCUCUGUCAUUGUAUUUGUCGUGCCGGCGUUUGCACCUGUAGCCAUCUUCAUUGCAUGGCUUUACAUCCGUUUAGCACCGCCCUAUAUUCGCACCUCGCGGGAUUUACGAAGACUGGAGAGCAUAUCGCUAUCACCAGCGUUUGCGGGAUUUGAUGAACUAUUGCACGGGUUGGUACAUCCAGUGGACACUUUCCAGGCAUUUGAUCACAGCUACUGGCUCGUUGCCUUCUGGCUGCGAUGGCGAUAUGACUGCCUGGGAUCCGUGGUCGUCUAUCUCACUACUCUCUUUGCCCUAGGUGCCAAAGUUUCCACUGGGUUCGCAGCCGUAGUGAUUCUGAAUGCUGGAGCGUUUGCCGAGGCCAGUCGCCAGCUCGUCAAGGUCCUCGCUCAAGUCGAGCUUGACUUCAAUUCGAUUGAACGCAUUGGCGAGUAUCUUGAGGUACAUCAAGAGGCGCCUGCUAUUAUUGAAAAGGCACGCCCACCUGCUUAUUGGCCCUCUUCGACCUCUGGAAUUGUGGUGGAGGAUCUCUGGAUACGGUAUUCUCCGACUUCACCUGAUGUGAUUCGUGGAUUGUCGUUCCAAAUUGCACCCGGUGAAAAGAUUGGAGUUGUAGGCAGGACUGGGAGCGGGAAGACCACACUUUGUGCCGCAUUCUUGCGAGUGAUCGAGGCGCAUCGAGGAAAAAUAAUAAUCGACGGUAUAGAUAUUUCCAAAAUUGGACUGGAAGACUUGCGGACUAAACUUACGAUCGUCAGCCAAGAUGUUGCGCUCUUUGAGGUUGUAACUGUCCGAUCGAAUCUGGAUCCCUUUGAAGAACACUCGGACCAAGAGUGCUGGGACGUCCUUCGCCGGUGCCAUCUUGUUGAAGAUGCGGAUCAAGCGAAUUCGACCACUCGACGGCGAGCGGUAUUUGCAAGCCUCGAUGCACCCAUCUCUAUUUCUGGCGGAAGCUUGAGCGCUGGACAACGUCAGCUCGUGGCGUUGGCGCGUGCCAUGCUCCGGCGAUCGCAAGUCGUCUUGACAGAUGAGGCGACGUCGGCUAUCGACUUGGAACUGGAUGACCAAAUUCAACAAACGAUCCGAGAGGAAAUGGGAAGUGCGACUGUGAUUACCAUUGCACACAGGCUGAGGACGGUUAUCGAGUAUGAUCGAAUACUGGUGCUGGAUCAUGGAGAGAUUGUCGAGUUUGAUUCCCCGGCUACGUUGCUCCGGAAUCCCGACGGUGCUUUCUCAAGGCUUUGUCGUGGAAGUGCAGAUUGGGAAGUGCUAAAGCAAUUAGUCAAGGGUACAUAG